GUCGCGUAGUCGAAAAUGCGCGCGUGAAAAGCGUGCGGAAAAUUAAGCAAAUAUAUAAGUUAUAGCAAAGCUUAAACAUGGGCGAUACACUGGACGAAACGCCGCCCACGCGUCAACACAAACCGCAAACGCUUCAGAUAAAUCAAAGCGAGAACAAUGCAGACGGCGCCGCCGCCGCCGCACGCUGUGAACGCACGCGCACGCGUAACGAACGCGAACGUGAACGGGAACGCGAUCACUCCUGCGAUGGAUCAUUAGGCAAACGCAACGAUGCGGAGUUUGUUGGUUUGGUGGCGCCACCGCGACGCGAAAGUCUCAACAGCGUUGAAGCUCAACAGUCGCAACAACAACAGCAAAGUCCCAGCAGCUUCUCGAGCAGUCUCAACAAGGCACUCAGCGGAGCCAGCGGUGGGCGUGGCACUAGCGCCACCCGCUACCCGUCCAGCGUUGUGGUGGGCGGCGGCAUCGGCAGCUUGGCCGGCACCACAACACGCAAGUGCGUACUCACGCUGGACGGGUACUCCUACGUCAUAGUUGCCAGCACGCCAGAGACUUUGCCAGGCAAACGCGACGAAGCCGGUGGCAGCAGCAGCGGCGGCAGCAAUAGUACAGCAAGUGGUGCAGCAGUUGGUGGAGCAGUUGCUAGUGGCAACAGCGUUAGUGGUGGUGGUGGUGGCAGCAGCAGCGUUGGCGUCGCCGUUGAGUGUAGUGCUGGCGCAGAUAACGGCGAACCAAGUCCCAUUAGCUUGGAACUGGGCAACGGCAAUGCGACAUUAAAUGGUCAAGUGGCAAAGCACGGCUCACUUACCAUUGUACGUCGCUCAAAUAGUCGCAAGAACUUUACACAAAUCGACGGACAGACGCAGUCGUUGGCCUCACCCUCCGCCGCCGCCAGCAGCAGCAGCAGCUCAGCGGGCAUUAACUUCUUCCAAACGCCAUUGAGUGAAUCGCUAGCGGAGCGUCUAAGCGGACGCACUAACGGUAAUACCAGCAGCAGCACUAGCAACAGCAGCAACGUUGAUAGACCGCUGCGUGCGGCGGACAGUCAAAACCGCAUCGAGUGUACAAUAACCGCCGACAAAAUGCAGCCAUCGUCGCCGAAUCAAACGAAUUUCACAACCGAUACUCAGUUACAAACAUCCGCCGAUCCAUCCACGUACGAUUUUCGACCGGAUCGCGAAUCGAGCGAGAGCGCGGUAAGUCCACGCGCCCAACCGACGUUAAAAGCCGAAGGCUCGUCGAUACAAUCCUUCGAUACGGUCUCGAAUAUAUCCGUGGUCGGGCAAUGGGAAACGGAAACUUUGCCGCCAGUCGAUACGCCAGAUGCGCUCAACAAAGCGGCCAUGAGAAUACGCAGCCUGCUGCGUCGCAUGGAUCAUGAGGCUGUCGCCUUUGAGGAUAUGCAACGAAAUUUGCAUUAUGCCGCACGCGUACUCGAAGCUGUCUUCAUAGACGAGUCUAGCAGCGACAACGCCAAGCAGCGCUGCAAUGGCAACUGCAAGAGCAUCAACAAUAACAAUAAUGCCAAUAGCAACUGCUCCAUGCAUCAGUCAGAGCAGCAACCAGAGCAAGCAGCUGCUGCAAGGCCAAGAGCAGAGCCCGAAGAGACGACGACGACGACGACUACGACUACAACUGACAAUCAAAGCAGCGAAAGCAAAGAAAGCAUAGAAAGUCGCACCAAGGGCGUUUCGCUGGCGCCGCAAACGCAUAGCGGACCCACUGGACCCCCGCAAGCGGCGGCUGCUCUAGCAACAGUCAGCGAAGAGCAACAAGAUACUCCCACAACUGAAGCAGCAGCAGCAACAACAACAGUGUCGAGCGUUACAAAUGUGGCGCCAAGUGUUUCCAGCAGUAGCAGUUGCAGUAAUAAAGCGACCGUUCAGCGACAAAGACGCCUGCGCACACCGGUCUGGGCAAGAUCAAUGUCGACGAAUAAAACGCGCAUGGCCGAUGAAGAUGACGAACUAUCGGAAGUACAGCCGGAUGCGGUGCCGCCGGAGGUGCGCGAGUGGCUGGCCUCCACCUUCACACGCCAGAUGGCCACCACUCGCUCCCGCACCGAUGAGAAGCCCAAGUUCCGUUCGGUGGCUCAUGCCAUACGCGCCGGCAUCUUUGUGGAUCGCAUUUACAGGCGCGUCUCCAGCACUGCGCUCAUGGAAUUCCCACCCGAUGUGGUUAAAAUGCUCAAGAAUCUGGACAACUGGACGUUCGAUGUGUUUGCGCUGACGGAGGCGGCCAGCGGUCAGGUGAUUAAAUAUGUGGCCUACGAUUUACUGAAUCGCUAUGGGGCGAUGCACAAGUUCAAGAUAGCGCCGGGGGUGCUCGAGACGUUUCUGCAUCGUGUGGAGGAGGGCUAUUGUCGCUAUCGCAAUCCGUAUCACAAUAAUCUGCAUGCGACGGAUGUGAUGGUGACAAUGCAUUAUUUUUUGUAUACGGGCCUGAUGAACUGGCUGACGGACUUGGAGAUCUUUGCGGCGCUGCUGGCGGCGCUUAUACAUGACUUUGAGCACACGGGCACCACCAAUAACUUCCAUGUGAUGUCCGGUUCGGAUACGGCGUUGCUAUAUAACGAUCGAGCGGUGCUAGAGAAUCAUCAUGUGAGCGCAACGUUUCGCCUGAUGAAGGACGACGAUGCGAACAUUUUGUCGCACUUGUCGCGCGAGGAGUACAGAGAGAUGCGCACAUUGAUGAUCGACAUGGUGCUGGCCACCGACAUGACCUGUCACUUUCAGCAGCUAAAGACAAUGCGCAAUUUGCUCACAAUGCAGGAUGCCACCAUUGAGAAGUCCAAGGCUCUGUCGCUGGUGCUGCACUGCUCUGAUAUUGCGCAUCCCUCGAAGCACUGGGAUGUGCAUCAUCGCUGGACCAUGCUGCUGCUCGAGGAAUUCUUUCGCCAGGGUGAUCUCGAGAAGGAAUUAGGUUUGCCCUUUAGUCCGCUCUGCGAUCGCAAAAGCACGCUCGUCGCCGAAUCCCAAAUCGGCUUCAUUGAUUUCAUUGUGGAUCCCAGCAUGUCAGUCAUGUCCGAUAUGCUUGAGCAUAUACUCGCGCCCAUAGCGCCGGUCAUGAAGGCCAAGCCAGCGCCGCUGCUCGAGGAGAAUGCCGCUGAGACGGAAACCCCACAGCAGCGAGAGCAAGCGAAUCCAGAUGAUAAGUCCGGCAGUGUGUGUCCCAUGGUGCGCAAGAGUCAUUCCAGCCAAUUGGCUGCGCCCAACAAGUUCAGCAUCAACAAGCCCUGGGCCAGCUGCCUGACCGAGAACAAGAAGAUCUGGAAGGAGCAGGCCAUUCGAGAUGCCGAGGCACGAGCGCUGGCCGCUGCUGCCGAAGCCGAAGCCGAGAACAAGUCCGCUGCGGAAACGGAAGCUGAGGCCAAGCCGGAAGCAACAGACGCCAACUAAAGCAUUAAAAUUAAAACUGCAAUCGAUACACAAUAGUUAAUAUAUACAAACAUAUUUAAUUACUAAUAGCACAGAAUAAUUCAAAACAAAAAUGGAAACACUGUAAAAAAGCAACAAGAAAUUUGUUGAUUAAUACGCUUAGUAAUUGAAAUCUAU